AUGACACAGAGAUAUAUAUCAGCCAUUAAUAUUGCUGAUCGUAGAGCUGCUGCUAUAUUGAGAAAACGUGCUAAGAAACGUCCAUUGGGAGAUAUUGAAAGUAAAUAUGGCUAUACACCUCCUCAACCAGUGUUAUCGUGUCGUACUGUGGACGUUGACUUAAGUGGUACUCGAACCUAUAGGCCUAAAUCUUCAACAGAUAUAUUACAAGAACAACAUCAACUAAUUCAUAAAAUAUAUAGUAAAAAUAGAAAUAUUAAAUCUGCUCCAUUAAAUCAGAAAAAUCAGAAUGAAGGUGAUAUGAAUUUAAGAAAACUUCAACGUAUUAACAUUGAAGUACAAGGUAGACCCUAUACAUCUUUAUCUCAAGUCUCCAAAUCAAACACUAAAACACCAUCAUCAUCAACUAAAAAGCAAAGACCAAAAACAACAGGUUCAUCCCAACCUAAGAAGACUGAAAUGAGAGACUCAUUUAUGAUUAUUCGUGUCGAUAAAGAUGUUUUAGACUCAGCAAGAUCUUCUAAACAAUUGACCAAUCAAAUACAUGAGAUGUGGCAACCUGAACAUCAUGAUUUGAAUCAAGGAAAAUAUAUACGUGGACAGAAAAACGCUAACAACUCACAUCCUGAACAAUUUAACACUUGGUUAACAUUUGGUGGUAAUCAAGAUGAUGAAGAACAUGGUUUAGUUGAUGCAUUUACAGGUGUACACAACCAGAAUGAGUAUUAUAGUAUUGAUGGUAAUGUUGGUAAUAAAGUGGCAGCAACAUUGAAGAAAGGUGAUAAAGUAAGAAUAGGAGUUAAUGGUGUAGUACAUUCUAACAGAAUACAGAGAAUUAAAAAAGAAAGUAUACAGCCUGUAUCAAAAGAGGAAAGUGAAUUAUUUGGUGGUGAUAUUGAUGCUUUUAAUGACAUUGUUUUGGAAAACUUUGAUGAUUUAAUGGCUCCAAAGAAGAAGAAAGCUGACUCAACUCCCUUGAAUUGGACUGAUCAAGUUGCUAAAACUGAUGUUAAAGUUGUAGAAUCUAAAGGUCAAGUUGUGUCUCCAAGAGUUGUGAAUCUUUGUGAGUCUCAUCCUGUGGUUUUUGAAAGACUGGUCAAAUCUGAUGAACGUCCUAAACUAGCUAGAGGCAACACAGAAUCAGGAUUUAAAGUUAAACAUCGCCUACAGAAACAGCCAGAAUCCUCACAAUCCAAAUAUCACCAUGUUAAAAAUAUAGAAAUUGAUUCAAAAUCAACCAAGGAGGAUCGUGAUGUUGACAAUAUGACUCUUGAUGAUGUGUUAAGAAAUGCCAUUGCACACAGGAAUCAAUACAAUGUACAAAGUUUUAAUUUUCAAAAAGACAAAUUUAAUAGCCCAAAUACUGAGAACCGAAUUAAAAGUGCCAAAGUGUCUGAAAAUGGAAGAGAGAAUAGGUUGAGCAGCAGCAAUUCUUCUAAAAGUCGUGCAGCAAGUGAUGUAGUGCACAGCUCUGGAACUGGUAACCUCUUAAUACCAGUAAUGCGCUCUGUACCAUCAACACUACCAGCAACAAUUAAUUCAGAUGAUCUGUCAGUAUCUGCUCCUGGUGCCAGACAAUCAUCUCCUGUAAAUGAGAUGCCAAGAAAAUCCAUAUCACCAAAUCCUAGAAAUUCCACUUCUGCAAAAUCAAGAGCCAGUAGAAUCAGUUCUGCUGCCAGUAAUAAACAUUAUCAACCACCAAGUGAUGCACAAUACAUUAAAUUCUCAUCCUCUAUUAGAAAUCCUAAAGGUGAUCAUUCGCACAUCUCUAACAACAAACAGACAGUUUGUGUCAGAUUUGCUGGGGAUGUUGAUGGAGAAUCUGUGUUAUCAUCAAAACAAGAUUUAGAUAUAGAUUCUGUUGGUGGUUUAUCUGAUAGAAGUGUAGCUAGCCGUCCCAUGUCUCCUCCACAACAUAACUAUAAUGGAUAUUCUAUAAAUAUUCCAACAGCAGACAUGUUAUCAGACCGUGACUCCAUGUUGCAAUCACCUUACAAACGAAGCGAUGAUGGUGAAGUGUUGACCAAUCGACAACAGCGAGACAAAAAUAUGCGAGAUGAACAAAUCAAUCAGAUCACAACCAUGUUAGCAGGAUCUGUUGUAUCUUCUGCCGAAUAA